ACAAUGUACCAUGCCUCUUAUUUGAUGGAGCAGAUGAUGCAAAAUGCUAAAUUCAUGUCCGUUAAAUACCAGCAAGUAUCUGUAUUCUGCACGCUGCUGUCAACCCCUGUGCAAACUGCUCUUUGCUACAACUGAAUAUUGAAAAUAUUAAUUAACCAUGAUUGCCUUUACGGAUGCAUUAUGGAUCUUCGUAUUUCUCAUCUUCUUCCUCAUUUCAUACCUCGUUUAUGCUGCUUUUCGAGAAAGCCGGUACUUUCACUCGAGGAAUAUUUUCUACUUGGGCCACGCUUUUUACAACAUGUUCUACCUAAUGCUUUGGAAGAAGAAUAGCAUGUUUGAUGUAGUCCAGUCAAAUUACGAUAAAAUGACAAAAGUUGGUGCCAAGGUGGGAGGAAAUACCGAAAUGCGCAAGAAAAACUAUAUGGUGACAGAUUUGGAUAUUUUAAAACACGUCUUCGUAAAAGAUUUUGACCAUUUCGUGAACCGGCGUGGGUUCUCCAUGCCCGAAAGCGACCUUCUCGUCAAGAAGAUGCUCAUCUUUCUCAAUGACGACAAGUGGAAGGGGUUGAGGUCAAAGUUGAGUCCUACUUUCACCACGGGAAAAAUCAAGCGUCUCUUCUCCCUGUUCAACGACAGUUCAAAGAAGUUGGUAAAAUAUGUCGACGAAAGGAUGGAGGAAUCCGCCGAUGGCGAAAUUGAUUUGGGCGACGGAUACUCAAAGUUCACAAUGGAUACGAUCGCCUCCGCCGUUUGUGGCAUGAAUUCGCAAGCAUUCGAUCAAACGGAACCCUCAAUUUUUGAACUGAUGGGAAAAAAGAUGCAAGUUUCUUUCAGUCCGAAAAGUAUAAUAAACUUUAUGAUUAUGUUCAAUUUUCCAAAGUUUGCUUCGUGGAUGGGAAUGUCGAUGUUUGGGGCGGAGAUGUACCAGUUUUUCGCAGGUGCGAUUAAGUCUUCGGUUAAAGAGAGAACUAAAACGGGACAAAAAGGCAACGACUUUAUUCAGUUGAUGUUGGAGGUGAGGGAAGAUAAGCUAAAAACGGAUGAAAGUGAGUUGGACACUUUUGAGAAGGAUGCGAUCAUAAAGAGCGAGGUCAAGGGUCAGGCGUCGACUGCCGAACUUUUGGAUGAUGACGGCAUCGUUUCGAAUUGCGUGCUUUUUAUCCUCGCCGGAUUUGACACGACACAAUCGCUUUUGUUGUUUUGUGCAUAUGUGCUCGCUAUUUACCCAGACAUUCAGGACAAAUUGAGGAAAGAAAUUGAAACCGCAUUAGAAGAGAACGACGGCGAUUUCACUUACGAGUCGAUACAUAAAAUGACGUACCUCGACAUGGUCAUAAAUGAAACUUUACGGUUUUAUCCACCGGCUCCCUUCACAGACAGAGGUUGCACGCAAGACUACUUACUUCCUGGUACUGAUAUCACUGUCAAAAAAGGAGAGGCAAUAAUGGUUCCGAUAAUCGGAAUUCAUCACGACGAACGAUACUAUCCAGAACCCGAAAAGUUUGAUCCUGAGCGAUUCUCACAAGAAAAUAAGGAGAAAAUUAACACCUACGCUUUCCUUCCGUUCGGACAAGGGCCAAGAAAUUGCAUUGGAAUGAGAUUUGCGUUGACCGAAGUGAAGCUGGCGAUUGCUCAACUUGUUCAUAAUUUUGAUAUCGAACCCUCCAAAAGAACUCUGAUUCCGAUGAAAUAUGACAAUGCAGGAUCUCUGAAACCAAAGGGUGGCAUGUGGCUGGCCCUGAAACGAAGAUCAGGGACAAUUACAGGGUAGUUUUUGACUGAAAAUAUAAUUAUUAAAUUGUCAGUACAGUAAUGUGUAAUUUUUAAUUUACUUUUAUAAUAAUUAUUAAUUUCGAUUAUAUUUUAUUUAUACGUGUCACUCUUCUUUAAACUUAAGUAUCUUCAUUUAAUUUGCAUAUUUAAGAUUUAUAUGAAAAUGUGAGUAUUAAAAUCUAUAAUAAAAUGCUGAAAAAUGAGUAUGUUGAAAGGAAAAUGUUAAAUUUGGUUCGAUAAAUAAAUCUGGUAACUAAUUCUCCGGUAAAAUAA